UGGGGCACAACUUCCCUUCAACACUUCGGAGCAGCCCAGGAUACACAAUAACCUUCAAACUUUAUGAAGACUGAGAUGACAACACGAUCAGCUUCGCUAUGUUGAUAGCAGUGUUUUAAUCUUAUAUAUUGUUAAUACAUUUACAAACUGACUGAUUUAGUCCAGAGGAGGCUUCAUGACUUUACUACAGUAAAAAGGAUGUGAACUUCACUUUGAUGUCACAGUGUGUAUAUCAAGGAAGGAAAUAUAUUAAAACCGGAAUUAAAAUGUAACAAAAUGCAACAUAAACAUCUGAUAUUCAGUUGUGAUCAACACACUACAGGUGUAAAAUACUAGACUUAAUGAUAUGGAUUAUUGAGUUAGUAGGACAAUUGUAAUUAUUAAAUAUUUGUUAGGACAGAUCUGAUGAUGUAAAUCCUUACAAACUAAAAAGGUACAUGAAAAUCAAGCUGUUGAGUGUUUCAAGAUGGAGUUAUCUUUUGUGUCAGAUUUCCAAUCUCCAUCAAAGCAGGGUCUAUGUUCCACCUUCCUACUUUUCUACUGUGCUGUUUCCUGCCACUUUUUACAAGUUGAUAGUGUAGAAGUUGGUGGAUACUGUAUAUCGUACGCCCAACAAGAGUGUCGUAACCUGUCCGACCCCUUGUACGAGGGUAUCUUUAAACCCACUCCAACAACAGACAUAUGUAGUCUAUUUGACACAUAUCACCACUGUAUACAGGGGAUAACCUUGAACUGUCCGAUUACUGCUGCAGAGAAGACUUUCUAUGAUACAAGUUUUGUACAGUUCUUCAAAAAAGAGUACGAGUGUCAUAUCUCUACCACAGGAACAUUACAUCAAAGUGAUAAAAAUGGAGGUUCAGUAUAUAAAUGGAACUCUCUGUGGAGCUUGUGGUGGCUGAUGGGAUAUGUAUACUUAAUUAAUCACCAAUUUACAACAUUCACAUAGAUAUUACUAGUGUGCACCAUGUCAGAUUGUUAUCUUGUUGGACUGUAAAAUGAAUCAAAACAAACUGUUGAGUAAUGAACAUAACUACACAAGUGAUGCAUGAAUUAGUACAUAGACAGACAAACUUGUGUGACAUUGUUUAUGGAAAGGACAGCUGUUCAAGCAAAGGACUAAAAUGUUUUUAAAAUGAGUUACCCACCCAUAUAUUUAUGCAAGUGAACAGUAAAAGUUACAUAUGUACAUGUACCUCUGCCAUAGCAAGGACAUUAUGACUGUGAAUGAGAGAUUUUGUGAACAGACUCCCAAUCAAGAGAGGAGGAGGAAGAGUGUUGGAUUUCCUGUGAUACUAGUAAUGUUGAGAUCUCUUUGGUGAUGCAUGUGUGAUUUUAUUUUCAAGUUGUGUUUUAUUGAGAAAAUGACAAAACAUUAAGAAAAAUGUAGAAUGAUACUUCAGAAACAACGAAUGUAUAUGAUGAUUUAUGAUUCUUAUAGGAGUAUGUCUUAAUCACUGAGUUUAAUUAAAUUAUUCUGAUUAUUCACAAAUGGUGUAAUCAUUGUCA